CAGUUUUCAUUUUUAUUAUCAAUUUUUUUUUUCCUAAAUAUUUAAUUUAUUUAUUAUAUUCGAAGGAAUUAACAGGUCAGCCGUCAGAAGCAGAGUCCCAGCCUUAUUUGCUUACCGUCGUGCAAUCGGACCAGUUUUAACCUUUAAGUCGGACUGUGGUGUUCGACACUGGGAACUUCGAUCCGAGGUUAGCUCGUUUUCUGGACCAGAAGAAAACAAAAAGAAACUGACGUUUGUGAAAUAUUUCAUUAGAUUUCUUUUGGCAAUUAGAGAUUUCCUCUUCUGUUUGCAGUAUCUCAUGAGCAUCCCUGUUUCCAAUUCUUGUAUUAAUUUGAUUAUUCAUCCAAUCGGAAGAGAUAAUUCACCUGAAAAUAUUUCAGUUUUUCCUCCGAGUCUUAUUUGCUUUUCAUUGAUUCUAUCUCUUUCUAUUCAAAUCACACCGUUCAGUAAGGCAGUGAAGGUUUAGAUAUUAAAGUGCUGGUUUCAUAUGGAGGCGGACAGGCUCAAUUCUCCCCACACAUCAGCAGUUGUAUUUGAAGUUCUUGGCCAUCAGCUUCAGUUUGCUCAGGAUCCAAAUUCUAAACACUUAGGGACCACCGUGUGGGAUGCGUCAAUGGUAUUUGCCAAAUUUCUGGAAAAAAAUUGUAGAAAGGGAAGGUUUUCACCAUCUAAAUUGAGAGGGAAACGUGUGAUUGAACUUGGAGCAGGCUGCGGGGUAGCUGGAUUAGGCAUGGCCUUGCUAGGGUGUGAUGUUAUCUCGACAGAUCAAGCCGAGGUUUUACCCUUGCUUAUGAGAAAUGUGGAACGCAAUACUUCUAGGAUCUUGCAAAUGAACCCUGCUCCUGAUUACUUUGGUUCCAUCCAAGUGGCAGAGCUUAACUGGGGAGAUGCAGAUCAUAUAAAGGCUGUGGGUCCACCGUUCGAUUAUAUCAUUGGCACUGAUGUUGUUUAUGCAGAGCAUCUUUUGCAACCUCUGUUGCAGACGAUACUUUCAUUAUCUGGUCCCAGAACCACCAUUAUGUUGGGAUAUGAACUUCGUUCCACUAAUGUCCAUGACCAAAUGCUCGACCUGUGGAAGAUAAAUUUUGAGGUUAAAAGUAUUUCUAAGGCAAAGAUGCAUAGUGAGUACCAACAUCCGAGUAUACAGUUAUACAUGAUGAGUCGUAAACCUUCAGACUGCAAAGGCAAUAACAACGAGCUUGAUUGCCAUGAUGAAGAUGUUAAGCCUGAGAAGACCAAACAAAUAUCUGGAGAUGAUGAUGAUGGCGACAAUUGUGUAGUUAGUGAGUCUUACGACUGCAAAGAUGAUCAUCAAACUCAUGAAGAAGGAAGCAAACUAAUUUUAGAUCAUAAGGGUAAAAGGAUUAUUAGCGAGUGGGAAGCAAGAAGAUAUGGAGCUAUGGCUGCUCGGCUUCUUAAGGACUUGUAUUUCUAUAUUUUCGAGGGAGAAAAUGUGCACAUUUCUCAGUUCACUCUAUUCCAAAUUGCCUUGAAUCAAGAGGUGAUUACAAAAUUAAUUGAUAGGAACUUGUCAAUUUUGAGGAGCUGA